ACUGGCUCCAGGAAAACUAGACUCUGACAGCAUGAUCCCCCUGAUUGUUCUCGCACUCCUGGGUGCUGCAGCUGCAGCCCCCAUGGAAGACAAAAUUGUGGGAGGCUACCAGUGUGAAGCCCACUCCCAGGCCCACCAGGUGUCUCUGAACCUUGGCUACCACUACUGUGGAGGCUCCCUCAUCAACGACGGCUGGAUCAUCUCCGCUGCCCACUGCUGGCAGAACCCGUAUUCCCAGAUCGCCAUCUUGGGCGAGAACCACAUCUGGCAGUACGAGGGGACGGAGCAGUACAUGUCGGUGGAGGCCAUCUAUUGGCACCAGAGCUAUGACUACAGGACUCUGGACUACGACAUAAUGCUGAUGAGGCUGACCCAACCUGCCAUGCUCAACCAGUACGUCAAGCCUGUGGCCCUGCCCACCGCCUGCCCCGUGGCUGGGGACCAGUGUGUCGUGUCUGGAUGGGGGAACAUCUACUCCGACAGCGUGUUCAACCCGUUUUACCUGCAGUGUCUGGACCUCCCCAUCCUGUCUGCGGAAGACUGCAGCAACUCCUACCCCGGCAUGAUCACUGAUCGCAUGGUGUGUGCUGGAUUCCUGGAGGGAGGAAAGGAUUCCUGUCAGGGGGACUCUGGCGGCCCUCUGGUGUGCAACGGGGAGCUGCAGGGCAUCGUGUCCUGGGGCCAAGGCUGUGCCCAGCCCAACUUCCCCGGGGUCUACACCAAGGUCUGCACCCUGAUGCCCUGGAUCAAUGAGAUCCUCACCAACUACAGCUAGCCUGCUAGCAUCCACACAAAAUGUCACAGCUGGGAGAGAGACAAAAGAGAGAGAAAGAUACAACCUGUGGUAUCGAAACUGCUUAACCAAAUACAGCAGCGUCACAGACAAGAAGAGGGAAAAUAGAUGGGAAAGAAGUAAAGAGAGAAUGAUGGAGCAUGGAUUCUGGAUCAAUCAAUAAAAUAACAGCAAAUAAACAACUUUGUGGUUCAU